UCAAUAUACUCGCUAGAGCGCGCAUUCCCAUUCAUUCCCGGACGUUCUUUACAUACACCUUAAUACCAAGCUAUUAUUAAUACUAUAUACAUCGUAUUACCCAUAAGCGUCAGUUUGUCAGAGUCAUAUAUGAACACCGAUAUCGUGCAAAUUUUACGACGACUGGAUUCAGUACUAUUCCACGACAAGAGCAAACAAUUAUAGCAAAAUGUGUACACCUGUCUUGCUAGUGUUCUUCAUACUUAAUGGAAUUCUUGGCCAAGCGCAAAACGAAGACUUGGUAAUAAGUUGGGAACAGAAAUUAAAAUUGGAUGAGUUUAGGAAAAUUAUGGAGCCCAACCUCCCUCACGACUACAUGAAGAAAGACAUAUACCUUGUAAAAUGGCUGAAAGCCCGCAACUUUGAUAUUCCCGCCGCCACCAAGAUGUUACAAGAGAACCUGCGGUGGCGUCAAGAAACUAAAAUGGACACCAUUUUCAACGAGGAUUGGUCCGAAACUAAUACCCAAUAUCGGUUCGCCCUCGAUGGUUGCGAUAGACAUGGAACUCCAGUUUUUAUUAUUUUCGUGGGUGAAUGGGACAUGCGUAAAGCUGUUCUGGCCGGACAAUCGGACAAAAUGCGACGCUACCUGGAUAAAUGUUUUGAAGAAGUUGCCACGGUGUUAAGAAAUAUGCAGGAAAAUGGAUCUAACGCUACGAGAGCAUCACUAAUGUUGGACGCGGCCUCGUUAAGUAUCUCGCUUCAAUUUUGUCCAGGAUGUAUUCCUUUGUAUCUCUAUCUUGUUCAGACUUGGGGAACCCACUAUCCAAACUUGUUUAAUCUGGGCGUCGUCAUAAACAGUCCAGACUUUCUAGUCCCCAUCUGGACCAACUUGAUCAAACCAUUUUCUCCUUCAGAGAUUCAGAAGAUCGUUGACAUCUACGGAAGGAAGAAGAGUGUUUGGCGGGACGCUUUGGCCACCAAGUAUGGCAUCGAUUGGACUACCCUUAGCCACGAAAUGGGUGGUGAUGGGCCCGACCCUGUCGACGCUAAUGACCUCAGAAAGGCGGGGUACCAGUACGAGUGCUCGUCAAGUUAGAUGGAUGCAAAUAUAUGAAAAUAUAUGAAAAUAUUUAUCAUGCUACAUAAAAGGCUAUCUUUAUGAAUAUGGAUUCCUGCAUUAAAAUAAGUAGUGAAAAUGUAUGCAUCACGGGAAAUAAAUGUUUAUAACUUUUUUGAUUAUACUAAACUUAAUAUAUGUAUAAGUGCUACGGUACGCAUGUACAUAUGCAAUCGUACGUAAUUCGUCUGCUGUAUGUAACAAAUAAAUUCGUAUCGUUUUCGGUAUGGUAUCGUCUCGUAUAAA